AUGCUGCGUCGCCAGCUGUCGCCAGCCUCGCUAUGGCAUAGGACUCCCGUUUGCCUGUUCUGCGCUGCCCGCAGCCAGACUCGACUGCCGCAACGCCAAUCCAUCCGGCACAAAUCUGAACGCGCAGUCCCGAUCAGGAAGCAUGCUGUCAGAGACAAGAAGAAAUCGGGAGAGGGGGAGGAGAGUGAAGGACCACGAUCUAUCCUAAGUGGUAUGCUUGGUGACAAGAAAAAGAGGGACAAGGAAAAAAAUGAAGAACGAGAGGCGAUUGCUAUCAGCACCUUGUACCCUUCCGACCUCAAAUUUGAGGCUGUCGAAGUCGACAAACCACCCGUCCCCAUGUUGUCAUAUGGCCUCGAUCGUGUUCUAUUCAAUCCUGGUGUAUAUCUUCUGCAGGACCCACGAACGCACGUGUAUAAUUUCGACCCAUACCUCGAGAAAAUCAUGCCGGCGAAUGAGUUUGACUUCGAUGCCUUGAGCGAAUACAAGACUUCGUCCAAGGACGAAGAUUUACUGGCUUUGACAAGGCGGGUUGGCACAAAGUUCACUGGCUCUACAUCGAGUAUGUCGAGUAUGCUCCAACACUUUCAUUACAUCUUGUCCAACUUCCGAAGACUCAAUCAUGGCAUGCUCUCACGGCAAUUUCCCGAACCUUCUUCCAAGUUUUCCAGGAUCACGCUUGGUCCCAGUGCCGUCUUCCUCCGGUACAAGGAUGGUACUUAUGCGAUAGACGCCGACAAAUCCUACGAUAGCCCUAAUAUCAUGAGCUGGUUGGGUCACUCAUUAGAAAAGCUCCUCACAACCGAGCGCAGCGAAUUUGAGAAAUUCCGAAGGUCAAGUCCCGAGAAGGCGCCUACAGAAGAGAACGCUAGUCGUUGCUACCAUUACUCGAAACAAGGUAACAUUAUGAUGCGCUCGCAGUUAGACGCUGUUGACCCACGACUACCCGGAACUGGAGUGUUUGACCUGAAGACGCGAGCUGUUGUUUCUAUCCGGAUGAACCACAAGCAUUACGAAGAGGGUUCUGGCUACCAGCUUCGUCACAGUCUAGGCGAGUGGGAGUCGUUCGAGCGUGAGUUCUACGACAUGACGCGUGCAACCAUGUUGAAAUACUCUCUACAAGUCCGCAUGGGGCGCAUGGACGGCAUCUUCAUCGCCUACCACAACAUCGAGCGUAUCUUCGGCUUCCAAUAUCUAAGCCUUUCGGAUAUGGACGCUGUCUUACACGGCCAACAUGACACGAUUCUGGGAGACCAGGAGUUCAAGCUUUCCUUGAACCUCGUUGAUGAGCUUCUUGUCAAAGCUACCGAACAGUUUCCCAAUACAUCUAUCCGAUUACACUUCGAGGCUCGCGAAGGCAAGACACCCUUUAUGUAUGUCUUCGCCGAACCCGUCACCGAAGAGCAAGCAGACGAGAUUCAGAGUGCUGGAGAGGCCGCUCAGAAAGAGUUUGCACAAAACGUUGUUGGUGUAGGGAAAGGUGAUGCCGAGACUCAAGCAGCUUGGCAAGAAGCGCAAGACGACGUCGAUGAACAAGUCGAUGCUGAAAAGACUUCUGAAGAGGUUGAAGCGCAAGAAGACGAGCAUUCGACUACAGUGGAAGACGUUGACCAAGGCAUGGUUGAAGAGACUGCUGAAACUGCUGAAGAAGUUACUGAAGAUUCAGAUGAUGUCGCCGAAGAUACAUUUGAGAACCCAGCAGCCCCUAAUGGCCCCUUGAUGGGUUGGACAAUGACUGUCCGCAGUCUAGUCAAUGGGGGCUAUGUCGACCGACCAGAGCAAAUCUCUGAAUGGGAUGACUGGAAGAUAGAAUACCAUAUCAGAGAGAUACCUGAAGAGAAACGAUGGAAGCUGUACAGGUCGCUCCAAGCGCGAAGGCAUCAACUCAUUGGACAAGACGAAGAGGCCGUUGACAGGGGCCUUAAGCAUUACCGUGAUUUAAUACAGCGCUACAGCAAUCGCGGACGCGCGUGGAGGAAGCAACAGGACAAGAUCAAAGCUACAAAGGGCGUACAGCUCUUCCGACCACUUGGCCCUGGCUCAGAUGCUGUCGCGUCGCAACAUGAUAUUGUGCAGGGGAACGAAUUUUCUGAUAAUCCCGACAUUGUCGAUGAUCAGGCACGAGAGGAGGAGCCUUACAGCGAAGAAUCGACACCGAAGGAAUCACUCUCGAAGGAGAAAAAGGCAGAGGUGUUGGACGGCAUGCCCUCUUAUGCACCCCACAUGGCACCCCCACUAAACAAGCUCAUGUCCGAGCUCCGACCGAAAAUCUCAAUCAUGGUGAGACAACAUGGCAGCUUGGAAAAGGACGCAGAGACCAACGAGGCGGCUUGGGAAGCUGCAAGGGGUGCGUUGAUCGGUGGUACGAAGUGGGGCGCUUUCUUCGCUGUGGCAGGUGGUGUCGCAUACGCCUUCUCCCCUGUAUACAAGGGACUCACCGUCCAAUUCAAGACUUACAUCCAAAUGUCCGGAAUGAUACUGGGUGGUAUGCUCGAAGCAGAUAAGCGCAUGGUCGCCUACCAGCACCGCGUCCGACAUCACAAGAGAGUAGCCAGAGACAUGGAAAUAUGGAGACGAUACGAGGACUCGUAUGAGGAACGGGGAACGCCUGGCGUAGGGGACACAAUGAGAACACCCUCCCCCGAUAAAAGAGAGCGCGAGCCCUCUUCCUCUAUCGAGGUGACACCCUCACCCGGCUCUACCACCACCGAAUCCACGGCUAGUCAACCUUCGCAUACCGGGUCUACAACCGACGGUUCUAUAAUCCACUCCUCUCCGACUAGCAACGUUUCAUCCACGGGGUCGACAGUUGUCGAAUCUACACCUUCUGAAUCCACAGACAACGAAGCCUCAGACAGCCAGUAUUCCGAAUCCGAAUCCGAAUCCACAAUGACCGAAGAACGCGGCCGUACAGAUGCACAAUGGUGGGAACUUCGCGAGCAGUGGAUUUUGCAUCGCUACGAAAAGAAGACGGAGUUUACGACCAUCACAGCUGCAGCAGUCGUUGUAUCAGCUGCUGGCUAUGGCGGCAUCAUUAGCCUCUACCACUACAUCUUCGCGAGCCACUAUGUCUUUACGACGAAGGUGUUCCCUCAGCUCUGGCGAAUCUUCACGGCGUUUCUGAUCACGAAACCGAAGUUCGGCAUCCUGCUUGAUCCAUACUUUCUAUACCAAUACGGCAGCUCCAUCGAGCGGGAGUCGUCUCGCUUCUCGCAGCCUGGCGACUUCUUCGUAUACACCAUGUUUCUCGCGAGCGUCAUUGCCGCAACAGCAGGUGGCAUUCUGAACCAGUACACUUUCCUCCCCGCGCUGUCCCUCGCAUACGCCUACACGUUCGCCCAAGAUAAUCCCACGCGCUCCGUAUCCUUUUUCAUCAUCACCUUCGAAAGUAAAUACCUGCCCUUCGCCAUGCUCUUCAUGACCUUCAUCAUCGACGGUCCUGAUGCAGCUGCCGGCCAACUCACCGGUCUCAUCGCCGCUCACUUGUACGAUUUCCUGACACGCAUCUGGCCUACGUUUGGUGGUGGAACAAACUACAUCCGCACGCCACAGAUGGUCAAGGGCUGGUUCAGUGCGACGCCGGGCAGUGUGCAGGACAGGGGAUUCGGUCAUGUUGUCGAGGGAAGGGGCAGGACGGCUGGUGCGGCUGGAAGUGGUGCACCGCCUAGUGCAGCGAGGGCUACGGGGAAUGCUUGGAGUGGCAUGGGUCCGGGGAGGAGACUGGGAGAAUAG